CUACAGUUAAAUUGGUGUUCUUACCACUGUGAUGAUAAUCAGCAUAUCAUCAAGGUCUUCCUUUAUAAUAACAUUAUCUCUUAACCCUGACCUUUUCACAAGCAAUACAAUAAGUGUGGCUACAUAUGUCCCUAGACUAGUUAUUGUAAGAAUUGGGUAUUGAUUCUGAUUAUAAGACAUUUGUAUGUUAAAAUUAAGAUCAAAGACUUGUAUGUUAAUUGCAUUUACAUUUCAAAUUUUGUUAAGUUUAAUAUCAUGACAGUACAAUUAGUAGUACAUGUAUGUAGUGUUUGUUAGUACCUUUGUGAUGACAGUCAGUCAGAUGAUCAUCAUCAAAGCCUUCCAUUAUUACAUUACUUUUUUUCGUCGCAUUUAUUUAAAAGUUUUCACUUUUUUAGUAGCUGUGGAUGUAAUGAACUCGUGGUGAUUCACAGACAAUUAUGUGAAUGGUAUAGUUGACACUAUUUUUGUCUAUUGUUUAAUGUUUAUAAAAUAAACAACUUUUUGCGGGGGUGUCAACUCAAAAUGGCAGCAGAGUUGCUGAAGGAAGAAACGAGGGAAGAAGUCCCUGUUGCUGUGAUUGGCGGUGGUAUAGUUGGUCCAGUAAUGGCAUACAUACUAGGAGAGCAUGGUAUUAGAGUUCAUUUAUAUGAGGCGAGAGGCAAGAGUCUUGAUGGAAGCCAAGGCAGAGCUAUAAACCUUUCCCUCUCCAGCCGUGGGAUGGAUGCACUUGUACGUAUUGGCAUCUCCGAGGAAGUUCUGAAAGAGACAACUCCGUUCUAUGGUAGAUGCAUACACUUGCCUAAUAGCGGGGGUAAGACCAAAUUGCAGUAUUACAGUGUAAAGAAAGAAGCAGUGCAUUCUAUGAAUAGGAGGCGACUGAGUGAGUUGCUGUUGAAAAAGUUAGAAGAGAAUCCCAAUGUUAAAAUAUACUAUGAGCAUAAAUUGAUGAAUAUUGAGCAUCAAAAUAAUACGCUGCACUUUAAUGUAAAGAGAGCAGGAGAAGAAAAGGAGAGCAGCUAUAAAAUAUCGAUAAAAGCCAAAUUUAUAAUUGGCUGUGAUGGCUUCAACUCUUCUGUACGUAAAAGUGUACUAGGAUCAAUUUUGCAUUAUCAGCAGGACAUACUGGACGAGGUCUAUCACGAGCUGUAUCUUCCACCCACACAAAAUGGAGAGUCUGCCCUACAGCACUCUGAUAUGUUCCAUAUAUGGCCGUUAGGUGAAGUUAUGUUGGUUGGUGUACCUAAUAAAGGGAACAGUUUCAAUAUCAUAUUGUUUAUUCCCCUCUCCGUCUCUAAAAGCAUCAAAACACCUAGCGAUGUUUUAAAGUUUUUCAAAAAAUAUUUUCCCGACCUGCUGGAAAAAAUUCCAAAUGAAAAUCAACUAAUUAAAGAUUUUUUUCGUAAAACCCCAAGCAGACUUAACACAAUAAAGUGUUAUCCUUAUCACUAUGGUAACAUUCUUUUGCUAGGUGAUGCUGCUCACUCUGUUCUCCCUUUUUAUGGGCAAGGUAUGAAUGCUGGGCUAGAGGACUGUCUGAUAUUUGAAGAGUGUCUUCAAGAGAAAGAUGGAGACUUGGAAACAGCAGCUGAGCUAUUCACCGAUAGACGUUGGAAGGAUCUGCACACACUAGCCGACCAGUCGUUGCAUAAUUUUACUACUUUAAGAAAAGGUGUUAAUUCUAAUCGUUUUUGGAUUAAUAUUAAAUUAGAAUCGCUGUUGUCAGUAUUACUACCUAAUGUAUUUAAGCAAAUAUAUCCAAUGGUAGUUUUCUCAAGAGGAAGAUAUUCAGAGAUACAUGAAAGAGAAAAAUGGCAAAAGAAAUUAGUAAACAUGAUAGCAAUUAUUAUCAUUAUUAUGAGCAUGUUAAUUAUUAGUUUAAUAUUGUCUUUUGUGAUCUAAUAUUGACUUUUGUUUUUCUUAUUUUUGUUUCCAGUA